GGAAAUUUCAAACGCGGGAUGGAGAGGAAGCUGGGCUGCUUAUCGGCCCCGCUACAUCCCUACUCAUUUAAGUGAUGGGAAAUCGUUUUCCGCAUCUAAAUUACAUCGAAGACGUAGACGAUCGUUUGUUAUGGCAGGAGAUGAGAAGAAAGAAAUUACUCAACGUUUCUACAGAGAAGGUUUAGAUGUCACUUUACCUGACAGCCAAAAGUUGAUUCACAUGUGGAGAUGGCUAGCAGAUGCAGAAUCAAAUUGUGUUUCUAUGCGAUAUCAGUUGGAUAAACUUCAUCAUCAGCAAAAUGAAGAAUUAAAAGAAAUAGAAAAAUUUGCCGAACAUGUGAAGAAACUGGCAAAUGAAAGAUAUCAAGAACUUCAAGAAGAAAAUAAGCAGUUAAGGAGAGAAUUAGACCAACAGGAUAAUGAAAAUGGAAAGAUUGUUAGCAGAGAAAUAAGACAGAUGAUAUUGCAGGAAGGUUUAACAGAAUUAGCCAAUUUGAGUAUUUCUGAACUUUUUGCAUACUUUUUGGUUGAAAGGAAGAAAAUAAAAGAACAACUUGAACAGGAACAAGAGAGAAGAUGCAAGAGAGAGCAAGCUGCAAGAUUGGCAUCCAAUCUUCCUGACAGUUUAAAACUAUGCUCUCCUGAAAUUCAGAAAAUACUUGAACAACAAAAAGAUGAUUAUGAAGAAGAAAUAAGACAUCAACAAGAGAUGAUGAGGCAUGUCAAAGAACAGUUGAGACAAGUUCAUGAAGAUGAAAUUACACAGUUAGAAACUGAAAAAGAACAUCUAACAGUUGAAUUAAAUAAUGCAAAAAGAAAGAUAGAAGAAUUGGUUAGACAAGUGGCAAAGAAAGAUUCUCAUGAAGAUUUAGAAGAAUCCUGGAUACAUCAUAUAUUGAAUGGUGGAAUGGAACAAGAACUAGAAGAGUUAAAACUGGAAAAACAGCAGUUAAAACUACGUUGCCAAGAACAACAACGUCAGAUAAGAGAACUCUCAGAACGUGUCAGGCUUCUUGAAAGGUCCAACAAACAACUGGAAUUAGAUAAUGAAACAUUAGCCUUUAAACUUUCUGAAGCCUUAUCUCAGUUUGAUGAUUUAGAAGACCAACUAAGGAAAGAGAAAACAAGAGUUAGAAGAGAUUCUUUAGUUAAACAACUUUCUGCUCCUGAAAAUCCCAGCAAAGGAGACAGUCUAUAUUCAUUCUUAGAUAACAGGACUUCUUCAGCUCAACAUGAAUUAUCUUUUGUUGAACAAACUAGGAAAUUGAAAACUGAAUUAACAAAAUUACAAGAUCAACUUCUUAUGACAAGUAAUAAAUUAGAAGCUGUUACAAUGAAAUAUCAACAGAAAAAGACACGUCACAAAGAUAGGGUGAGACAACUUAAGGACAUUAUAGAGAGAGAAAGACUUUGUUCAAGAGAGAAAAUAGAAGAAUUAAAACAGGAAUUAAAACUUGUACAGCAGAUGCUUAAUCAAGAACAAGAAUGGAAGAAGAAAUUAGAGAAAAAUUGUCAAAAUUUACAGGAUGAAAAAAGGCAUUUAUUAGUAAAGUUAAUAGAAAAAGACGAGGAAUUGAAAGAGAGAAUUGCAUUUUCUUACAUAAUUCCGGAAUGAUAAGGAGUCAGCAUUUCUUUUUUCCUCUCAUCUUGACAGUAUAUAAUUAACAAUUCUAUAGGUUCAUAUCAAUUUUAUAAACCUAUAUAUUGUACAUUGAAUUUAUAUAUAUACAUAUUUAUCUGUGUGUGACUGUGUAUGUAUAUAUGAACUUAUAAAUAUUGUAUAUACAUUCCUGAAUUGUUUGAGAAAAGUGAGUCUGAAUCUCACUCUAAAAUGAACUUUCUCAAACUUUUCUUUGUUUUGGUUCAGUUUUGUGUUUUUAUGUAUAUAAAACAGGAAUUUAAUUUUAGAUUUUUAAAACCAUUGGCCAAAGAUUUUUUAUAAUACUCAGAGUAUUUUUAGAAGUGAUUUGAUGCAGAUGAGGAUCUCUAUCAUAGAUUUGAAUUUUGUUUUUAAAUAUUUAUGCUAGUCUUAUUAAUUAAACUAGACACACUGUGUUAUUUAUUGAAAUUUACAAGGGAAAGUUAGUAAUUAGGUUAAAGAUAGACACUUGCCAAAAUAGAUAAAAGUUCUAACUUAGAAUAUUUAAUUUUUUAAUAAAAUCCCCAUAAACAUUCAGGCACUUGCUCCAAUGUUCUGCCAAUUUCUGAAUAUAUGCUGCAUAAGCUUAUUUGCUGUCACUGCAGUAUAUGUACCUGAUUCUUCACUGCUUGAAAAUGUUUGGCACUGCAGCAUUCUUUUUAAAGGCCUGAAAAAAUGGUAAUUGCUCACUGUCAGAUCCAAGCCACAUAUUUUUUUGGACCUUUAAACACUUGAGUGACUAAUGUAAUGUUCUUUGAGAAAUGAAGAGACUCAGGAACUUUAGUAAUUUCAACAGCAAUCAACAAACUGUUAUGCAGCAUGUUUUCAGAAGCUGGCAGAAUCUUGGGACAAGGGUCUAAAUGUUAAUGCUUAUUAAUAAAAUCCCUAAAAAUAUUUCUAACAUUGAGCAUUUAUUUUGGUGUCUGUUUGUAAUAUAAUUAUUGACUUUUUUCUUGUAUUAUUUGAAAUUAUUUAUUGUGCAAUAUAUCAAAAUGACAGUUAAUUCCUAUAUAAUUUAUAUCUUGUAUAUACUGAGAUGAUGACAAUGUUCUUCCAAUGUGAUCGUGAUAUUUUUAGUUUUAUAUCAGAGAUGUUUUUAAAUUGCACACUGUUAUAUUUAUCUGGACAUAUUAUUUUCUCAAAGUUUUUUUUUUUUUUCAAAUGAGUUUAUUAUCUGUCCACAAUUGAAUCUAUCAAAGUUCCAUUCAUCCCAUACAUUGUAAGAUAAUUUUUAUCUCAAUUUUUACAUAGAAAGAAAGAAAAAGAAAGAUUACAAUUUGACAAAGCACAAUUAAUUAUUUUUGUUAUGUUAGUGCCAUUACAGUUUAUCAUAUUGGAUGAUCUGCAAAUUUGCUUCAAAUUUUUUAAAAAAAUUUUUAUUAAAUACUUUUGUUGGGAAGACAACCAAAACUUAAUUGCCUGUAAUUCCGUCCAUUACGAAGAACCUAUUCUCAAUAAAAUAUUCCAGUUUCUUUUUCUUUUCCUAUUUUGGAUCAAGAAACGAAAUGUAAAAUAGUUGUUAAGUAUUUUAGAAAUGAUCUCAUUGUUUUUAUUCUAUUAAAAUUUCAAGAAUUAUUGUAUUUAAGUAAAUUUUUAUAAAGUUUUUGUUGUUUUUCAAAAAAAACUAAAAAAAUGUGAAAUAUGUAUUUAAAAAAGUAUAUACAUUAUAUAUAGAUAUACAUAAUUAUUUUUGUUGAUUAUAUUAUACUUGUAAACAAUUCUACAAUGACAAUAAAUUAGGUUUCAUAAAAUCUUUAGUGCCUUAUUAUUCAUGAGAUUUUAAUGUUGUCAUUAAUGAAUCCUAUCAAUUUUCUAAUUAAUUUAAUUUAAUUACUUUUGCAUGUUAUUGAUUCACAUUGUUAGUAGGUCUGUUUACAAUGUACUUUCUACACAAUUUUACAGAAGAAUAAGAAAAAUAAGUGUAUUAAAAUCAACCUUUUUUAAAUAACACCUUC